AUGACUUCUUGUAAAGAUGUUUUCUUGCUUGGGCCAGUCUUUCCUAUGCACGAUUUAGAUCACAUGCAGUCUUUGGAAAGAAAGUGCACGAUCUUGGUUGCUUCUAGGGCUAAUAUCCGCAACCCAACGGACCCCACGCAAUGCAUACGAUGUCCGCAAGGGACGAUACCAGAUCCACAUCACGUAAUAUGUACCGAUAUCCCGGAAGAAUAUUUGCAGCCCGACAGCGGAUGGGCCAUCGGAGCUAUGGCUUUUAGCUCUACCGGCAUACUUAUUACAGUAUUCAUAUUCGGAGUGUUUAUAAAGUACAACGAGACGCCGGUCGUGAGAGCCUCUGGAAGGGAACUCAGUUACGUUCUCCUAACGGGAAUUCUGAUGUGUUACAGUGUUACGUAUGCUUUGGUGCUGAAACCUAACGACAUUGUGUGUGGAAUUCAAAGAUUCGGAGCCGGGUUCUGCUUCACUGUCGUCUACGCCGCAUUACUAACCAAAACAAACCGGAUCUCCCGCAUAUUCAAUGCCGGAAAACACUCGGCGAAGAGACCCAAUUUUAUUUCACCGAGAUCUCAACUCGUUAUCUGCAUGGCGCUGGUGGGCUUUCAGGUACUGAUCAAUGGGAUAUGGAUGAUAAUAUCACCACCAAGAGCUAUGCAUCACUAUCCCACCAGAGAAGAUAACCUUCUUGUCUGUUCUUCCUAUAUAGACGCUUCAUAUAUGAUAGCGUUCACUUAUCCCAUAUUUCUGAUAAUUAUUUGUACUGUGUAUGCUGUGCUAACUAGAAAAAUACCUGAAGCCUUCAACGAAUCAAAACAUAUAGGAUUUACCAUGUACACUACCUGCGUAAUAUGGCUGGCUUUUGUCCCCUUGUAUUUCGGCACUGCAAAUCACGUGGCUCUGAGGAUAACAAGCAUGUCAGUCACCAUCAGUUUAUCGGCCAGCGUAACCGUAGCCUGUCUGUUCUCUCCAAAGCUAUACAUAAUUUUAAUAAGGCCCGAAAGAAACAUAAGGCAAAGUAUGAUGCCUAUGCGCUACAGCGCGAUCAACAAAAGCUCCACCACAACAGGAUCGGGCAGCAUGAUGGCGGCUGUAAUGGUGACAGCAGCAACUUGUGACCAAAAGCAGCAGAUUCAGAAACAUGUCUCUCCUAUAGAAAAAGCACCUGAUGAUGUUCUUUACGAAAAACCCCACACAAAGGACACCAGUACUCAAACUUCCCCUCAUUCUUCCAACAAUACUCUAAACCACUCCACGGACCAUAUUCCGAAAAUGAACAACAACUACAACAUAGGAAACGGCCCGGUAACUAUACCUCAAGCAUCGAAGAUUAAGGAUCUCUCGUUAUAG